CGCCGCGAAGGGAAGGGAAGAGUGUCCCGAGCCGGCGCCCGUAGGGGAUCCCGGCCUCGGGGCGCGGGGCGGUUCCUGUGCCCACGUGGUGCCGGCCGCCGAGCCCCAGCCCUGCGGGAGCCGCUUUCUCCAAUUCACAACCAAAAAUACUAAACUGCGGCCCAAGUGCUGGGUUUGAGCCAUUCGCUCUUUGUUUUUUCCACUGAUGGAGAUGCCAUUUUGUUGUUCCACUACUUGCUGAAGCCUGCUUCCUGCUCUGUCACUUUCAGUGGUUUGCAAUGGCUGGGGAUAUGAGAGCAACGGCUGCCAGUCAGGCAAAAAGAUUUAAGAGCAGCAGUGAGGAGACAGAAAACCAAGAGGAAAAUGGACACCAAGACAAAAGGUUCAAGAGAAGCCAAAAGGAUGUGGAGGAUCAGAAUAAAAAAUUUCCCAAAAGGAAGAUUGUUCUGUUGAUGGCAUAUUCUGGGAAAGGCUACCAUGGGAUGCAACGAAACGUGGGGUCCUCGCAGUUCAAGACGAUCGAGGAUGACUUAGUAUCUGCCCUCGUUCGGUCAGGGUGCAUCCCAGAAAACCACGGUGAUGAUAUGAAAAAAAUGUCCUUUCAGAGGUGUGCGCGAACAGACAAGGGCGUGUCUGCCGCUGGACAGAUUGUGUCACUGAAGAUCUGGCUGAUAGAUGACGUUUUAGAAAAGAUCAAUAACUGUCUUCCUUCUCAUAUCAGAAUUCUGGGACUGAAAAGAGUAACCGGGGGAUUCAGCUCCAAGAACAAGUGUGAUGCCAGAACCUACUUCUACAUGCUACCAACAUUUGCCUUUGCCCAUAAAGACCGUGAUAUCCAAGACAAAACUUACCGUCUGAACAAAGAGACUCUUGAGAAAGUCAACAAGCUUCUUGCUUGCUACAAAGGGACCCAUAACUUCCACAACUUCACUUCUCAGAAGGGACCCAAAGACCCCAGUGCCAAACGGUACAUCAUGGAGAUAUAUUGCGAAGAGCCCUUUGUGAAGGAGGGCAUGGAAUUUGCUGUGAUAAAGGUGAAAGGACAGAGUUUUAUGAUGCACCAAAUAAGGAAGAUGAUUGGUUUGGUGAUAGCUGUAGUGAAAGGCUAUGCACUGGAGUCCAUCAUGGAGCGCAGCUGGGGAGAGGAAAAGGUGGAUGUCCCCAAAGCUCCAGGGCUUGGGCUGGUCUUGGAAAAGGUGCACUUUGAAAAGUACAAUAGACGCUUUGGAAAUGAUGGUUUACAUGAGCCACUGGAAUGGACAGAGGAGGAGGAGAAGAUCGCUGUUUUCAAAGAGCAACAUAUCUAUCCCACUAUUAUCAACACUGAAAGGGAGGAGCAAUCCAUGGUGAACUGGCUGAGCACGCUCUCCAUCCAUGACUUCAGUGCUACUUCUUCAGGGGUACAAGUCAAUGACAGAAACUCAAAGAGCAACGAUCUUGAAGGCAGUGAUGGUGGUUGUGACGAUGACUCUGACUGACUCAGUAAAUAGCAGGAGCUGGGAUCUUUGCUGCUUGUGAUUUCAGUUUGGGUAGAACUAAGUGGCCUUUCUAAAUCCAGCAAUCCAGUAAAGCAGAGGUUUUCCUGCAUGCUGAAAACGAGUCGUCACAGACGACCAAAAGGAACUGGGGGAGGGAAGAAUAAUGCAGCAGUGACCCUGAAAGUGACUGUGCACACCACUAACUGAUGCAUUGGAAUGUGGAAUACUUGAAAACUAAAAUAACAAAAAAUGUACUUUAUAAAGGAAUCUUAUUGUGCAGGAAUUGUUUUCAUUAUGUAAUUUGAAUUAGGUUUUUAUUACUGUAAAAGUGCUUGUAUGAAACAUACAGUUAUUUAAACAUAUGUAAUCUCUACAUAAGGCAAGUGCAAAACAUUUUAAAAUAGAUUUUUUUUUCUUUUUCUUUUAUAAAUUGAAGACCUCUAUGUACUAUUUUAAAAACCUCUUUAGUUUACAGAA